AAUUUAUUUCUACUUCCUGCUCCAACACGAAUCGUUUUUAGGUUCAAGAGUUAGUGUCCGAGCUGACGGCGUGAUGAAGAAGCAGAAGAGUAGAGCUGCAACAAUCAGAAAAUCCAGCAUCGGACCCAUAAAGUCCUGGACUUCAGCAACCUUCAGACUGACGACAGCACAGCUAAACCAGCGCCAGCGAUCAGGUUAUUGAUCUUUCAGUGAGACAAAUAAAAGACGUCUUUCUUCCCUUUGGAGAGGAAUCUUGGAAGACAGAUGAGUCAGAAAAGGACGACGUCGUGUCAUGUGACGUUCAUGUUUCCACGUGUGAAAUGUGAUAUUUUAUGUGAAAUGUCUGUAAGUGAAUGAAUGUCGAAUGUGUACUAAUACCCCGUAAAUACAGCGCUGCAUUCAAAAUGUACUUCAGUAAAAGUGCAAAAGUAUCUGCAUCAAAAUAAACUUAAAGUGCCAAAAGUCAAAGUUCUCCUCCUGCAGAAUAAUAAAUAUCAUAUGACUGGAUUAUAACUGUUGAUGCAUUAAUGUGUUCAUCGCUUUGCUGCUGCAGCUGCACCUCCAGCUGUCCGAGGAAUUCACAUUUCAGCUCUGAUUUGUCUCCUGAUAGAAAUAAAGAGCCUCUUAUUUUGAAGGUGCCUACAGGAACUGCAUGUCUUCGUUGUUGCUGACGUCACACAGCUCGGUCAGUCGGCAGCGUGGAGGGGGCGGGGCUUACCGGACUCGGUGCCGCUGCGAUGCUGUCGGUCAGUGUGGACGGAGCUUCAGGAGCAGCGGCAGCGGGACCGAGUUCAGCCCGACUCUCCGCUUCUUUCUGCCGGAUCCACUCACCGCUGCUGCCCCGGGGCAUGCCGGGACCUACCUGGACACCUACCUGACCGGACCCGGGACUGAUUCACCGGAUUAAUUGGACCUGUUUGUGCGCAGGAGGACCGUUAGACCACCAGUUGAUUCUGAGAGCUGCAGAGGAGACCAGUCUGAGGAUCUGAGUCUGGAUUCACUUUCUGACCGGGUCCGUUUAACCCGGUUUAUUAACCCGGGUUUAUUAAACCAGCUGAGCGCUCCGCUCCGCACAAUGCAGUCCAGGUCCUGCAGAUCCUCCGGACCCUGAAGCUGCAGAGACCCCGACCCACCGGAGAGUCUGACGGAGGAGAUGCUGCUGUCCGCCGCCUCCCGGCGGGACAGAGCCGCUGCUGACGCGGAGGCGGCGGAGCGGCUGCGCUCGGUGCGGGAGCGGCUGGAGGCCACCGUGUCCGGGCUCGGGGAGCUGGAGUACCUGCGGCAGCGGCAGGAGGUGCUGGUCCGGGCCGCGCUGGAGCUCCGGGAGGUGGUGGAGACGGUGGUGGACGCGGAGGAGGAGGAGCGGAGGAGGGAGGCCCAGCUGAGCUCCGAGGAGAAGCUGCUGGAGGAGAACAUCCUGCUGCUCCGGAAACAGCUGAACUGUCUGAGGAGGAGGGACGCUGGUCUCAUCAGUCAGUUACAGGAGUUGGACCGACAGAUCAGUGACCUGCGAUUGGACACCGAGGCGUCACAUGACCAGCUGGAGACCGACAGCCGACCCAGCUCAGGUUUCUAUGAGUUGAGUGACGGGGCGUCCGGCUCUCUCUCUAACUCGUCCAACUCGGUCUUCAGUGAGUGUUUCUGUUCGAUGGCGGACGCUGAUGGACGCCUCCUGUCUGCAGAUGAGCUGGCCAGCUGUUUGGAGUGUGAUGGUUUGGUGGGAGGACUUUGUGAUGACUCGUCUUUUUCUGGUACAGUCCGCCGCUCGCUCUCGGCUCCUCACCCACCCACCUUGGACCCUGUCUCCUCAGUGGCCUCCUGUGACCUGGCCUUUAAGUACCACUGCGACCUGGUGGCCCGAAACGGCAGUGAUGUUUACCGCUACCCAAGCCCACUGCACGCCGUGGCCGUCCAGAGCCCCAUCUUCCUGCAGAUGUUGGGUCACGGAGGUCACAGCAUAGACGAACGGCUUCUUAAAAACAUUGAGGCUGGUGUUGAAGGACUCAAACCAGAAUCUUCUCCUCUUUCCGCAUCUGUUUCAGCUCCUCUUGUACCUCAGAGCUCCUCUUGGCCCGUCCCCUUGUCUUCUUCCUCCCAAACUCCUUCCCAUAAGCGACUGGACAGCUACAUCUACAGUCUGCUGCAGCGCAGGGUCCUGCCCGUCAGGACCAGCAGACCCAGGACCAGCAUCAACACUGACCCGUCAAAGAGCAUCCUGAGGCAAGCCAGUCUCAGUGUAAGGCAGGUGUCUGGUCCCAGCUCUGGGUCUGGUUUUGGGACUCUGAGGGGUUCUGAACUCAAACCCUCCUGGCCAGCUGGAGGAGCAUCAGCAGAAGGGGCCGCCACCUCGUCUCCUCAUAGGCAGUGGUCUGUGGAAAGUAAAUCUGAAGAGAAGGAGACCCAAAAUGUUUUCCCUGAUGGCAGUGUUGACAUAAUGCAGAAUGGCUUCAAGAUUAACAACAGUGACUUGGCACAAAACCAGAACAGCUCUCCUAUUUGUAAUGGCAUCCAAAAUGGCUCUUCUCUCACUAACAAGGACAUUAAUACAAGCACUAACAGUCUGCUGAAAAAGAACAGCAAACGGCUUCUUCCUCCCUCAGCAGUGUCCCCAGCUACUCUGCCUAAAGACUGCAGGGAGCUGGACAUUCCCAAAGCUAACUCUUCCCCCAAAGAGACCAAUCAGCCAUGUUAUCCUCCUGACCAGGAACUGCUCCUCAAAUCACCCCCAAUUGUCAACACACUAUCAGCUACUCCCAAGAACAGCUCUAAGCCUCUCCAACCUGGCCAGACAGAGAAGGCUGAUAGGUCAGUGCUGGAGAUAGCCAGUCUAGAUUCUUCCCCCCAGAGUCAGGACGAAGGUGGCAGCAAGAAUGUCAAGACUCGGUGUGGGGACGUCAAACUCCGCAAGGGUGGCAGCAAGAAUGUCAAGACUGUCAAGGUGAAGACCACCAUGACGAUGAAGAUGAGUCUGGCCUCUGAACACAAUGUGCUUACGUCAGAGAGAAGAGGUGAUAAAUCCCACCACAGGUCCAGUUCUAAAAAGUCCCGGCUAUUGGAAGAUGGAGGCUCCAUCCACAUUAAAGUCUCCAAGAGAGCAGCUAGUGGUGGCAGUGUGCAUGGGGUGUCCUCCUCCAGAAUCAAACGCCUCCCUGCAUCCAUCCCAGAAGGCCGAGUUCUGGACAAACACACCACAUCAACACUAACCAGUGUGCGGUCAGGUGCAUCCAGGCACCAUCACCAUGGUCACCACCACCACCACAGUGGUAACCAUCACCAUCAUGGUCACCACCAUCAUCAUCAUCAUGGACGCGACCAGGUCGUGGUUGUUGCCAAACCGAAAUACAAACGAAAUGAUUACCGGCGGUUGCGUGCGAUCAUGGAGGUACCGUAUGAUGAGGCAUUCAGGCGUGCUCAGCGGCGUCAGAGAAAGGAACUGUUGAGCCAUUCUGCAGCCAACCUGUGCCUCCCCUCCGAUGGGCAGUUGAGCAGCCCAUACUCCUAUGUGGCAGGAAGUGACUCAGAGUAUUCAGCCGAGUGUGCGUCGCUCUUUCACUCCACCAUCGUGGACACCAGUGAGGACGAGAGGUCAAACUACACCACAAACUGUUUUGGAGACAGCGAGUCCAGCGAGGAGGAGUACGUGGAAGAGAGCACCACCACGAGUGAUACUGAGGAGAGUGGAGGAGGCGGGGCUGGGGGAGGGACAGGUGGAACGGGCAGGGGGUGGAGCCACUUAGGGGCAGCUGGGACCAGGGCCGUAGGGCAGGGAAUGACUCCAGCUCAGACGAAGGCCUUCGUCAAGAUCAAGGCCUCUCACAACCUGAAGAAGAAGAUCCUUAGGUUCAGGUCGGGUUCUCUCAAACUCAUGACCACCGUGUAAGUCAGCAGGAGGAGGGCAAAUGCCCUGCCACCCCCCUGCCAAACUGGACCAGAGCCAUAUCUGUUGGGAUGCCUUACCCAUGCACUUCUAGUGUACCUAAACCAAACCCAACUGUGAACCACACUUAAUGGAAAAGCAGACAGUACUGUGGUGGAACAGGUGCUGCAUGGUACACUUAUGAAGUGGAAAAACACUUUUCUACACUGACAUUUAAACCAACCCCAAGCCUCUUUAGCCUGAGAGACAAAGCCAAAUCAGUCAUCCAUCUUUGUAAAAGCAUGCGUGACAUUUUUCCUGACUGAUCCCCAACAAGAAAACAAACAGUCCUUAUGGAUUUUUUUCUUUACUAUCUCUUCAUAUCCUGUGUUACUCUUUAGUUUUUGGUCAGGAGGUACAGUUGCCUUCAAACACAACCUUCCACAUUCACCAGUCGAGUCCAUCUGAACGACCCAGUGUUGUGGUGGUCCACUUUGCCUGGUUGGUGGUCCAGCCACCAGUCUCUGACAAGUUGUGACCUGCGGAGGUUAGUCACCUCUGUUGCCUUCUCUUCUUGUAUUCUUCUUAAUGUUUAAAUGCUAAAAAGGGAACAAGGAGGAAUCUUGUGGUGUACAUUUUUGUUGUCAGUAGCCAUGCAACAGUGCUCUUGCAAGUUACAUAAGCUACUUGAUUAGCAACCAUAUCAUCUUAUCAACUUCCUGUGUCUAAAUUUACUUUCAUGUGGAUCAUUCACGUGGAAAUUUGAGGACACAACUUAAACUUCAAGCGGUUUAACUUGUUAGAAAGCCACACUACAUACCACAGCACUGUGUUGUUUACAUGGUCUCUGUGGGUAAACACAAUUAACACCAAACAUUUGAAGGCGUGAACUCAGUUCCUUUUUGUCAAACCCAGUUUGUGAUAUCAAACAAAUCAACAUGGCUGCCCAAACAGUAAAAAUGUAUCACUUAAAGUAGUUUGCACACUUUUAAAAACACUUUUAACAUUUUCUUAAUGACAUAAAUCAAUGGUUAUGUCCGCAUGGAUCAAAUUGUAUCUCUGUGCAAGUUUCUGGUUCUUACAAGCAGCCAAUCAAAUAAACCUCUAACUUCCUGUAUUCAGGAUAAGAGCAGCAUUAGAUGCUUUUAGGAAACUACUGUUUGGGUUGGUUUGGAGUUCGGAUUUAGCCAGUCAAAUUGGCCUCCUUCUCUUCCCCUCUUUCUUACCUGGCCCAUCAAGUGCCUCGGCUGACGUAAACCUGGCUGUUAGUAAGACCUGAGAGGAGAGAUCAAGGUCUCGGUCUGCUUCAAACUAAGCAUUUGGUACGACAUGUAGUGUGUCCACGUCUGCAGUCAAAGUGUUUCUGUCUGUUGCGAGUUACCACACUUGAAGGUGGGGUGAAAGGCCUGCCGUCACAGCCUCCUCCUGGCUGCAUCCCACUGCCUCCCAGAUCUCUCUUCAACAACUCUGUCUUUUGUGCGUCUUUGUAGAAAGGCUGGACCACCAACCAGGCAAAGUGGGCAACUGCCCAGGGGUCCCGGACUGUCCGGGGCCCCAAGGCCUCAGGUUGUCUAUGUGCAAUUUGGCAAUGACUUUGUGAUCAUCUCAUUCAUUACAAAUUAGUUUGAUAAUAUGCACCACUAAAGCAAAAUUGAAAAACAAAUGGUACCAAAUGGCUCCUGAGGCCCCUGUCUUUUAAUGUUUCCGUUGACAUUUUGCUCUCAUGGAGCAAAUCCUUAAACAAAUGUCUGUUAUCAAAAUACCCAAACUAACUUACACGCUGUACAGCAAACCGGAGCAGGAUCGUAUUCCAGUGUAAAAAUACUGGUUGGUUUAUGGGAGUCUCCGCAAAAUGGGUUGGGGGAACGUGUGUGUUUGAGGUUAGUCUAUAAGGGUCCAUAGCAAAAUUUUGCCCCAGGACCCCUAACAGAUUAAUCAGCCCAGCUUUGUAGUCUUGAGGCCAUGAAUUGUACAAAUUGGAGAGCACACUUUCAGACAGUCUCUCCUCGAAGACAUUCAUGGUAUUGCACUCAGUUGUUCACAUGAAAAGUAACAGAAAUAGUUGUGUGAAGAAUGAAAACAGAGAGCUGAGAGAGAGGUUUAAACUCUCCUCCUUUCUCACCUUCACACAGCUGAUCAAUCACUGCGUAAAGUGGGAACUUGGAAAGGGGAUUUGAGAAGCUGUCAGAAAAUCCAACAAACAUUUUGUUUGAAGCAUACUGAGGCCUUAAGUGUUUCUAUUGGACCACAUUCUCUGGUCUCUGGUAGAAGUGGGGCUUUAGUCUUCAGAGAGUUGUUUGGAAAGUUCUUCAGGUGGUUCCUCAAAUGUUUCUUAAGACGUCUGUUAACGUCUCCAGAGGGUUCUUCAGAAGUUUGUCCAGAAGGUUCUUCAAAUGUUUCUAAGUUGGUUUAUCUUGCUGCAGUAAUCUCCUUAUUUUCUGCACUUUGAGACAAGCUGUCAGUGGACAGGACAGACGGUGUAAUCCUGUUAAUUUGUUUUUUGUAUGUAGCCUUGUUUUGUAUUUAUUAUCACACGAACUUUGCCCUUCGUUGUAGCGCACCGACACGGCACACCAAACGUCUGUAAGUGCUUCUCUUUUUAUUAGACAGUCCUGAUUUAAGUUGCUAUUUUUUGAUGAAAGCUAUUUAAAACCUAAUAUAUUUGCUUGGUACAUAUUGGAUACACACAUGGUACUGACUGACAGCUGGUCGCGGUGGAUUGUUCCUGAGCUGCAGUUUAUAUAACAUUUAUACACUAAGUCUGAUGUGUCUUUCUUAAAGGGAAAAUCCGGCACCUUUUAUGUGGAUGUCCAGUCAGUGUUGAUGGUAAAUGUAGUCCAUUUAAGCAACAAAUUCCUCAGUGUAUGCUAUAUUGACCGAGAAAGCCGAGUUCUCCUCAGCGCAACAGCCACUGGAGCUGUGCCAGCAGCGCCUACGAGUACCAGGAUGCAUUGCGCAUGAGCUUCUGACACCCACGCUCACCCAGCGGUUUUCCAUAUAACAAGCUAACCGAGUCUACCUGCACUUCUAUUGUUAACAUCACCACAAUAACCGCUUCGAAACCAAAAACCUGACCACCCCACAUGUUCACGCAGGAAUCUGAUCCGUAUUGGCAUCGGCCUCACUGCCCAGCAGGCCACUAACGUUGCAGCUUUAUGGUCUGAGCAAGCUAGCUGACGCAAAUGCUAGCUCAAAGAUGCUCUGGCUAGCUGCUGCAGUAACGUUAAUAAAGCUCCACAAAAUAUGAAAAAACAGUUACCGGCGUUCAACAUACUACUCUCGUUAUUUAGUUAGGCUUCAAAUGAGGCUUAACAUUCACACAGUUUCUCUUGACUGUCCCUCAAUAUCACAACAUUAGUCUAACAUCGCCCGGAGUACCACCUGUAGCCUAUAACUUAUAACGUUAGCUGAUUACUUUGUUGGCCAAAACAUAGCGUUCGGUGACAAGAAUACUCACUCAUCUGCCCUCUCGGCCCUCCUAGUCUUGGUUGUCUUUUUCCAGUUUAUCUUUGGGAUCAUGAAGAAGGUCUCCAGCACACCAUCUGUCCAAGUGAGGAAUAUAACUUUCAUGCAUAGUAACGCACACACGGGGUUGUCGUCGGCAACAUCGUCCAACAAAAACUGCCCAUGCUGAAAUUCAUUGCAGCAGAAUGAGUCAGUUUCUGUUGGCAUCGGAGGGCAAUUUGAGCAAAGGCAGCACCAGUCGCUGUUUGCUUUCGCCGGUUCAGGUUCUGGAUGGUCCCCGCCAGCCAUGUCCUCUUGCACGGCUAAUGUAGCCGCAGCGUCGGCCUCUCUCCGCUGCAUUUCUUCGGCGAAUACUUUGGCUCAGAAUAUCUGAGUCAGCAAAAACACUGUAGAUGGAUCCUCAUUCAUAACAGCCUUUGCACACAUACUUAUUUUGGGACGGCAUUUUCGCUGUUGGAAACGUAGCUAGUUUGCAAUACAAGCGAAGACAACAAGGAAGUUCUGUUUUUGUGCGGCAUCUAGAGCACGGCCCCCGGCUAGCCAGUCGCGGAAGCUAGAAAUCCAAGCUGAAAUCGUUUGUAGUUCUUCCGUACCUCCAAUUACGUCACUGGAUGCAGGAAGAACUACUUUACAAAGUUAGCUAUCUUUGUCAAUGUAAUAUGCACUGAGGAAUUUAUUGCUUCAAUUAACUACAGAUACCAUCAAGACUGACUGCACAUCCACUUAAAAAGCACCCGAUUUUCCCUUUAACACUUUCACCUCCGAUGCCGUAAUAACCUACUUAUACAGCAUUUAGAUCUUUGGGUGAAAACCAGACCAACUUUUGUUGUUUUAGUAGAGGUUUUUAUCGUAACUGUUAGGUGAGUUUUGGUGAUUCUCCUGCUUUCAGAUCAAUAAAAUGAUGACCAGAAACGUUUUCUCAGUUGCAAACAAAAUGGAUGCCGAGGAGACACAUGUUGAUUCAAUUGAAAGGAUUUAAUAUGUUGCUGGUUCUUUUUCAAAUCUGCUACGAUGUGAAAUAACGUCACUGAAAUGCUGUUGAAGCCUCGAUUUUAGAUCAUCUAAGUAUCUAAAAAACACCAACCAAACUGGCCUGGUUUUAGCAGAUACAGCCUUUUCACGUCUUUUCACCUGCAAAUCACCAAAGCAAUGUUCACAAUCAGGAUUGAGUUCAAUUAUGACUUUAAUUUUAUUAGUUAAAGGAACAGUCCAACAUUAAGGUAAACUUUCUGUUUCUCUGUCCUCUCGGAUGAGACUAAGAUGUUUCAUAUAGAUAUCAAUUCAUCUCUGUGUGUCCAGUAUAGAGGUAGGUCCAGGAUGUGUUUAUCCUAGCUUAGCACAAAGACUGGCAGCAGGAGGAAACUGCUAGCCAGUGUAGCUACAAAAUCGCUAGCAUAAGCUAUGAAUAGCUAACAUAUCAAAUGUUAUGGUAACUGUUUAGCUAACUGUUGUUAUACCAGGAUGUGUUUAUCCUAGCUUAGCACAAAGACUUGAUGCAGGAGGAAACUGCUUUUAUUACAAAAAAAAUUCUCUUUUGUUAGAACUAGGCUAGCAGUUUCUCCCUGCAUCCAAUCUUUGUGCUAAGCUAGGCUAAAUGCGUCAUAUCUGCACUGUUCACAGAGAGAUACAACUGAUAUCACAAAGAACAACAGGAUUUCACUGAAUGUACGUUUAAAUUGUACUUUUUGCCCAGACCAGCAGCAGGCUGGCGCCGAGGCCUGGUUGGAGUUUGAUCCGCAGGCUGGAAGAGAGUUUGCUAGAAGCUGUUUUAACUGAUUGUACUCGUCUAUUCUGGUCCAGAUUUGACAUGUUCCAGAUAUAAAUAGCUCCCACAAAGCUUUAAAAAGCCACAGACAUCUGUUCAGCUGUCACAUGCUGUCUUUGUGUUCAGAGCUAUUUUGAGUUUCUGACAGUUUAUAUUUAAAACUUCAGUGUGAGUGUGUAACAGCCAAAAACCUUCAACCAAAAGUAAAACUUGACUCCUCCUGAGGUUUCUGCUUCACACUGAUCUGAUGGUACUUUACUCCUGUAAAUGACUGUUACUGAUGUGUGUGUGUGUGUAGAUAAUGUCUGUGUAUGCCAAUACUGGUGCUUAACCUUUUUAUGCUUCAUUAAAUGUGGACUUUAACAUUA